AUGAAAGUGACAUUUACUCAUUACCCUCGUCAGUCAGGGAGAAUCCAACACUUACAAGCUCUACAACUAUACGUGUGGUUACAUCCAUCAGUGCCCCAUCAAAAUCUCGGAGAUUACCUCAACCGUGAAUAUUUUCCCUCGGCCGCUUCGUUCCCCAUUUCUCUGCCGGUAAAGCUAGAGCAGCAGGUGGCGGAGACUUCUCCUUGGGCUUGGCGGUGUAAGGUCGUUGUUGCAGGUCGAUUUAGUGCCUCCUUGAACAACAGAUACGGCUUCGAUCGAGAUUUGAUUAAGUUAUAUGAUCGUCUCCGUGCCUCCGUUAGGGUUUACAAGAAGAACAAAGAAAUUGACGGACCUGAAGCUGCUACCUCGUGGUAUUAG